GAGAGAGAGAGAGAGAGAGAGAGGGGAGACCAGGAGGACCAGGCUUGCACUCACUUGUCAGGAUCUGAGGAAGGAAUUAGAGGUGGCUGCUGCUGUGACAAAGGGAAACUGUGUGUAUCAGCAAUGCUCACUGACCCUGACUUACCUCCGGAGUUUGAAAGGAUGUCUUCCAAGCGACCAGCCUCUCCGUAUGGGGAAGCAGAUGGAGAGGUAGCCAUGGUGACAAGUCGGCAGAGAAUGGAAGAAGGCGAGAGUGACGGGCUAGCAGCAUUUCACCUUCCUGUGCAUGUGAAUUAUCCCAACAAGCCCCACUCUGAGGACUUUCAGGCUGUCUCUCUACUGACGCAGGAAGCGUGUGACCACAGAAGUCCAACGUAUGCGCACAACACCAUGGAAAUUGAUGGCAAUAAGGUGAUGUCUUCAUUUGCGCCACACAACACAGCUACCUCACCUUUAAAGGCUGAAGAUGGUGUGCGCCAGACUGCAGAAUUUUUGGCAAACUCUGGCAUAGGAACCCCUGAAAGACGUAAGGGUAGCUUGGCGGAUGUGGUAGACACACUGAAGCAGAGGAAAAUGGAAGAGCUUAUCAAAAGUGAACCAGAAGAAACCCCGUGCAUUGAAAAGCUUUUGUCUAAGGAUUGGAAAGAUAAACUUCUUGCCAUGGGAGCAGGCAAUCUGGGCGACAUAAAAGGGACCCCAGAAAGCCUUGCUGAGAAGGAGAGACAGCUAAUGGGUAUGAUUAAUCAGCUGACUAGUUUACGAGAGCAGCUGCUGGCAGCGCACGAUGAACAGAAGAAACUCGCUGCCUCACAAAUCGAGAAGCAGCGCCAACAGAUGGAGUUAGCCAAACAGCAGCAAGAACAGAUUGCAAGACAACAGCAGCAACUUCUGCAGCAACAGCACAAAAUUAACCUCCUACAGCAGCAGAUACAGGUUCAAGGGCAGUUGCCGCCAUUGAUGAUUCCUGUGUUUCCUCCUGACCAAAGGACGUUAGCUGCUGCUGCCGCAGCACAGCAAGGAUUCCUCAUCCCUCCUGGCUUCAGUUACAAAGCGGGUUGUAGUGACCCUUAUCCAGUUCAGCUGAUUCCGACUACCAUGGCAGCAGCUGCCGCGGCAUCACCGGGAUUAGGACCGCUACAGCUACAGCAAUUGUACGCUGCACAACUGGCCGCAAUGCAAGUUUCACCGGGAACAAAAUUACCAGGCAUGCCAGAGAGAAAUCUCGGAGCUGCCAUAUCCCCAACUAGUAUACACACAGACAAGAGUACAAACAGCCCGCCGCCCAAAGCCAAGGAUGAUGCGACACAGCCGUUGAACCUUUCUGCCAAGCCCAAAACGUCGGAAAGUCGAACCUUAUCAACGCCCACCCCACCCCACACCCCAACUUCACGGAUAAGUAGUGUCGGCAGCUCACACAAAUCCUCCAUCUCAUCCACCCUGGCCAGUUCCUCCGUCCGUGUUAACUCUAUAGAUAUCCUAUCUUCGAUAACAUCCACGGGUUAUUUAAAUGACCACGACGCUGUAACCAAGGCAAUCCAGGAAGCACGGCAGAUGAAAGAGCAGCUUCGACGAGAGCAGCAGGUGCUGGACGGGAAGGUGGUCAAUAACCUUGGUUUGAAUAAUUGUCGAUCGGAAAAGGAUAAAGCUUCACUGGAAAGUUUAUCUCAGCUAGGAGUGAAACAUAACGAUGAUGGCAAAUAUAGCCAUUCUAUGAUGGAUUUCAACCUAAGUGGGGACUCAGAUGGAAGUGCAGGAGUUUCUGAAUCCAGAAUAUAUCGUGAGUCUCGAGGCCGUGGAACAAGUGAACCGCAUAUCAAGCGCCCUAUGAAUGCCUUCAUGGUGUGGGCCAAAGAUGAGCGCAGGAAGAUUCUGCAGGCUUUCCCAGAUAUGCAUAACUCAAAUAUCAGCAAAAUACUAGGUUCCCGUUGGAAAGCCAUGACGAAUCUGGAAAAACAGCCGUACUACGAGGAACAAGCUCGGCUCAGCAAGCAGCACCUGGAGAAAUAUCCCGACUAUAAGUACAAGCCCAGACCGAAACGCACCUGCCUCGUGGACGGCAAGAAACUGCGCAUUGGGGAAUACAAAGCGAUUAUGAGGAGCAGGCGGCAGGAGAUGCGGCAAUAUUUCAAUGUUGGACAACAGGCACAGAUCCCAAUCUCCACAGCUGGCGUGGUCUACCCUGGAGCCAUAUCCAUGGUAGGAAUGUCCUCUCCGCACCUUCCCUCCGAGCAUUCGAGCGUGUCCAGCAGCCCAGAGCCCGGUAUGCCGGUUAUCCAAAGUUCAUACGGCAUGAAAGGAGAGGAGACGCACAUCAAGGAGGAAAUGCAAAGUGAUGACAUUAAUGGAGAAAUGUAUGAUGAGUUUGAUGAAGAAGAUGACCCUGAUGUGGACUAUGGCAGUGACAGUGAACAUCACAGCACAGAGAAAGCAAACUGAUACGGGCAGACCUUGUGAACUUAGCGGACUUAAUAAGCCCAGCCUGGCUCCCCCGUACCGGUGGCAGACAUCCCUCCCUUCUCAUACACUGACUGUUACUGUUAUUACAACGAGUCGAGGAAUACACUUCAGCCGGCAUCAAAUGGCUUCACACAGACCCUAUUCUCCACCAAAAGAAUUAAAUAAGCUAUGGGUAAUGCCAAUGCCAGUGAUUCAGCUGCUAAUUCACAGCACUGAAGUCUUACCCUUCAACUUUUUUUUUUCUUUUCGUAAAAAAAAAAAACAAAAACAAAAAAAAAACUUUAUGGCUGUUUGUUAUACGAUGUUCUAGAAAAUCUCACUCAGGUACACAGUGCCAACAAGUGGCUUGUGAAUGUGUUUUGUUGUUCUGUGCUACGGUUUUAAGAGGAAUAAGGAUUUUUUGGUUAAAAAAACAAAACUGACAAAUAUUUUCUCUUUGCUGCCCCCUUCUUUACUUUCCUCUGCGUUGUGAGGUGAGCCGGGGACACUCUCCCCCUGAUCAUUGUUUUCUCUCAUCGAUUGCAUCCCACCGCAUCUCUUAGCAAGUGCCAAAUUUGUACUGACAUAUCGAUUAGUUCAUGUUUGUAUUUCUUUUCUGGCCUGUCUUACGUUAGGAUAUGUAUGUCUUAGACAAUCUCUUAAGGAACUGUAAACCAGCAGCGUGGACGCUGAGCAGCUUUUUUAAGGAAACUGUAGGUGCCGUUCUCAGGUGAAGAUGAGAAACAAGGAGUGAGCCCAUGGCUUUCUGCGCAUUAUGCGUUUUACGGUACUAAUAAUAAGUUGGUCCAUGCUAAAUAGAAGCAUAUUUUGGGAUGAAAUCCCACAUCCUUUAUUGUGGCCAGCCUAUAAAAAAUCUUUGAUUCCCUGGGUUUUUUUGCACUUCAAAUCUACACAAAACGAGUAAUGAUUUAAAGCACCAGGUGUAAAUUGUGUUUUGAAAAAACAAUUCUUUAGAAUGUUAAAGAGCUUUUAUUCCUAUGACUUCAUGGAAACAAUGUGAUUUUUUUUUUUUUUUUUUUGGCCAACAUGGUCAAGAGUUUAACUUGUUUGUGUGUCAUUGUAAUUAUUUUACAAAAUAGUGAUUGGUGUACCCGAAUCCACACCUCCAAAACAUGCAAAAAGGAAGCAUGUAACUCCUUACAUGUAGCGACAAAAUAUCACUUCCUUUUUCUUAAUGGCAUUCUACCUGUCUAAUGCUUGGCAAGUAUUUUAAGUAACUUUUAAAAGACUUUUAAUUAGGAAACACACAGAUCUUGCUUCUAACCUCUGAACACGAUAACACAU